AAUCGCACUCCAAGGUGACUUGGAGACCUCGAAAUCAUCGCGAACAAUUCAAGUUGAGCGCAAACAGCUAUACGAGCAUUGCAACCGCAAAAAUGGUCCGAAAAUUAAAGCAUCAUGAGAAGAAGCUUCUGAAGAAAGUCGAUUUCAUCACAUAUAAGCAAGAUAACGACCAUCGAGAUGCCGCCGUCAUCCGUCGGUACAUGAUCCAGAAGCCCGAAGAUUACCACAAAUACAACCGCCUCUGUGGAUCUCUACGUCAACUCGCCCAUCGACUCUCUCUAUUACCCCCCGACAACCCUGUGCGCCGCAAACACGAACAGCUGCUCCUGGAAAAAAUGUACGACGUGGGAAUCCUGUCAAGCACGAGCAAGCUGUCCAGCGUCGAGCAUGGAGCUACGGUGAGCGCAUUCGCCCGCAGGAGACUUCCCGUGGUCAUGACAAGGCUCCGUAUGGCAGAGACUGUGUCAGCGGCCACCAAAUUCAUUGAGCAGGGGCAUGUACGAGUGGGUACGGAGACGAUAACCGAUCCGGCGUUCUUGAUCACACGGUCCAUGGAAGACUUUGUUACUUGGACUGUGGGCAGCAAGAUUAAGCGGGAUAUCAUGAAGUACCGGGAUGAGCUGGACGACUUCGAGUUGCUGCACUAGGGGAGGGGUUGAGGACCUGGGGAGGUUGUACAAGGACCGGAAAGAGUUGGAUCUAAGGUCCAUACUUUGCAUUGCUUGGCGUCCUGGAGUUUAUCUGUUGGCCGGAAAAGUGAUUCGCUUCCCCUGGGCUGCAAGAAAAGGGGCCCUAUCAGUUGCGUAUCGAAGUGAGACGUGACAUGAUUUGAGUCGUGAUAUACCCAACAUAGAGAAAAGUAAUAGUUCAAAAGAUACAUAGCCAAAGCGGUUAUCAUCUAUUGACGUUUAAACUCAUAGGGUUCCGAGAUUACGAAGACGGCUCCAAGUUGCGUCUCCUUCCAGCAAUUCUAAGUGGCUGUUUUCAUGGCGUUGUGUCUGAGUUACGCUCCAUUAUUUUACCCAAACCUCAACUAUCAGUUUGUGAUGCAAUCAGAUUCGGUCUAGGAGAAGGAGUGUGAAGUGUUAACGAACCCCACUUGAGCCAGCAAGUCACGUG